AUGAACGCUCUAGCAGCCACCAAUCGCAACUUUCAACGUGCAGCUCGUAUUCUCGGUUUGGAUUCCAAGCUUGAGAGGAGCCUUCUCAUACCCUUCAGAGAAAUCAAGGUUGAGUGCACAAUCCCAAAAGAUGAUGGAACUUUGGUUUCGUAUGUGGGAUUCAGAAUCCAACAUGAUAAUGCUCGUGGUCCAAUGAAAGGAGGAAUUCGUUAUCAUCCAGAGGUUGAUCCUGAUGAAGUGAAUGCUCUAGCUCAGCUGAUGACAUGGAAGACAGCUGUAGCAGACAUUCCCUACGGAGGAGCAAAGGGUGGUAUAGGCUGCAACCCUAGGGAUCUGAGCCUGAGUGAGUUAGAACGUCUUACCCGAGUUUUCACUCAAAAGAUUCAUGAUCUCGUCGGUGUUCAAAGGGAUGUUCCUGCCCCAGAUAUGGGAACUAAUGCCCAGACCAUGGCAUGGAUUCUUGAUGAAUACUCGAAGUUUCACGGUCAUUCACCUGCAGUUGUGACCGGGAAGCCUAUUGAUCUUGGAGGAUCGUUGGGAAGAGAGGCUGCCACAGGUCUCGGAGUAGUUUUUGCAACGGAAGCUUUGUUUGCUGAAUAUGGGAAGUCCAUUUCUGAUCAAACAUUUGUUAUCCAGGGUUUUGGAAAUGUGGGUACAUGGGCUGCCAAGUCUAUUUUCGAAAGAGGAGGAAAGGUGAUUGCUGUUAGUGAUAUCAGCGGUGCUAUCAAAAACUCAAAUGGAAUCGACAUCCCUGGGCUUCUGAAAUACAAGGAUGAUGUCAAUGGAGGCAAUGGAACCUUGAAGGGCUUCCCAGAUGCAGAAGUAAUGGAUCCGAAUGAGUUGCUUGUUCAUGAAUGUGACGUUCUUAUUCCUUGUGCCUUAGGUGGAGUUCUAAAUAGGGAAAAUGCUGCUGAUGUGAAAGCAAAAUUUAUAAUAGAAGCAGCAAAUCAUCCUACAGACCCUGAAGCAGAUGAGAUUUUGUCUAAGAAAGGAGUUAUCAUAUUACCUGACAUCUAUGCCAAUGCUGGUGGAGUGACUGUGAGUUAUUUCGAAUGGGUUCAGAAUAUCCAAGGUUUCAUGUGGGAUGAAGAGAAAGUGAACCAUGAGUUGAAGAAGUAUAUGACGAGAGCUUUCGGUGACAUAAAGGCGAUGUGUAAGAUUCAUAACUGCGAUCUGCGAAUGGGAGCUUUCACUCUUGGAGUCAACCGUGUUGCUCGUGCUACCCUUCUCAGAGGUUGGGAAGCUUAA